AUGUCGUACUCGAAAGAAAUGAAGUGCAUAUUUCAGAUUUUGAACGGAUUUCGGUACAGAAAGGCCAUUAAAUCUGCCUACACAUGUGUAAAUGGAAGUGGGCCAACUUCUAAAAUUCGAACUGGUUGCACAGGCUCAGCUCUGUUAAAACAUUCUGGGGAAGACAACAAGAUGCUGGUGUGCGAUACAUGCGACAAAGGCUACCAUACUUUCUGUCUACAGCCAGUUAUGGACGCUGUACCAACAAAUGGUUGGAAAUGUAAAAACUGUAGAGUAUGUGCUGAGUGUGGCACACGAACAAGUUGUCAGUGGCACCAUAAUUGUUUGGUAUGUGACAGUUGUUACCAACAGCAAGACAACUUAUCUUGUCCGUUCUGUGAAAAACUGUGCCUCCAAGACUUCCAGAAAGAUAUGUUGCAUUGUCAUAUGUGCAAAAGAUGGAUUCACGUAGAAUGUGAGAGAUCUCCAGGUAGUGAAUUGGAGUCUCAGUUGAAAGACUACAUCUGCACUCUUUGUAAACAAGGAGAAGGGGAUCAGACUCAGUCAUGUGAUAUAAUGGACACUUCUGAACUCAUUCCUGAACCUGAUGGUGUAACAGCUUGUACAAAUGAGAUGGAAAUGGAAAGUGUUGGAGAGGAUGCGACAUUUCAGGAGCAACCCGUUACUGGUGAUGGCCCUGGUCAAGAAUCAGCUGCUGGCUGUGUCACAGAUGUUACAGGCAUAUCACCAGAAGAACAGACCACAGAACUGGAAACAGAAGUCUCUGUUGAAAUUAAUUCAGCAGAAAUGGAAAUGUCUCCUAAAAAGACACCAGCAUCUGGUGAGAGUCAGACUGAGAAAAUGAUGGAAGCGAUGGAAGGUGUUCAAGCUGCAGUACAGCAGGAGUUGGACAAACAAGUGGAAGAGACAGAGCCACCACAAGGUAGUGUGGAGGUAUCAGAAGCAUCCACAGUAGACUCUCGGUCUCUGUCUUCAGUACCUGAGACCGUAACUGUGACGCCAGAAAUACAGGAGACUGAAGGUAAAGGAGAUACUUGUUUCACCGUAGAACAACAACUGGAAAUCAUAAAAGUGCAAAAAGAGGUAGAAAAAGGAGAAACCCAUGAAAAGUCAGAAACACCAGCUCUUCUGGAAGUAGAAACUACUUCUGCAAAUGAAGGUGUUGCAAGUAGUUCACCAGUUGGAGACAAACCCAUAAAAUCACCAGCUGAGACUUACCCCUCCCUUCCCCCAUCAGUUAACAUAAACAAGACAAAUGUGUCUUCCUCGCCAGAUGUUCCGUUAGACUUGCAUUCUGUACGGGCUGUGCAGCACAGCCAGCCCCCGACAUUGCCUUCCACUGCUGGAAGUGCUCUCCCAACGACGUACAUAUCAGUCACUCCAAAAAUUGGCAUGGGAAAACCAGCCAUCACCAAACGCAAGUUUUCGCCUGGAAGACCCAGAUCAAGACAGGGCCGUGGAUCAGGAUUCCCAGGGAAGCGGAGGCCACGUGGUGCAGGUCUUUCGGGAAGAGGUGGCAGAGGUAGAUCAAAACUGAAAAAUGGAGUUGGGACUGUAGUCAUUCCAGGGGUCACAACGAUGGACAUUUCAUCUAACAAAGAUGAGGAAGAAAACUCAAUGCAUAAUACAGUUGUCCUCUUCUCUAACAGUGACAAGUUCACUCUCCAUCAGGAUAUGUGCGUAGUAUGUGGGAGUUUUGGCCAAGGUGCUGAGGGCAGAUUGCUUGCCUGUUCUCAAUGUGGUCAGUGUUACCAUCCAUACUGUGUCAGUAUUAAGAUUACUAAAGUGGUGCUUAGCAAAGGCUGGAGGUGCCUGGAGUGCACGGUGUGUGAAGCCUGUGGGAAAGCGACAGACCCAGGGAGACUGCUUCUCUGUGACGACUGCGACAUCAGCUACCACACGUACUGCUUAGAUCCACCCCUGCAGACAGUUCCAAAGGGAGGCUGGAAGUGCAAAUGGUGUGUUUGGUGCAGACACUGUGGAGCAACGUCUCCGGGUUUAAGAUGUGAAUGGCAAAAUAAUUACACACAGUGUGCUCCCUGCGCAAGUCUGUCUACCUGCCCAAUCUGCUAUCGCACUUACAGGGAUGAAGAGCUGAUAAUUCAGUGUAGACAGUGUGAUCGAUGGAUGCAUGCAAUCUGUCAGAACUUAAACACAGAGGAGGAAGUGGAAAACAUAGCUGAUAUGGGUUUUGACUGUACCAUUUGUAGGCCAUACAUACCACCAACAAACGUGCCUUCUUUGGACUGUUGUGAUUCAUCAGUUGGAGCUCAGAUUAUUUCAAAAUCAAAAGAACUAGACCCACCGAAGACAUACACCCAGGAUGGAGUCUGCUUGACAGAAUCCGGCAUGUCUCAGUUACAGAGCCUAACUGUUACAGUACCCAGAAGAAAACGGACGAAACCAAAGCUUAAGCUGAAGAUUAUAAAUCAGAACAGUGUGGCUGUGCUUCAGACACCCCCAGAUGCCCAGUCAGAACACUCAAGAGAUGGGGAGAUGGAUGACAGUAGAGAAGGUGAUCUUAUGGAUUGUGAUGGAAAAUCAGAUUCCAGCCCAGAACGGGAAGCUGUGGAUGAUGAUACCAAAGUGGCAGAAGGAGCUGAUGGGAUUAAAAAGAGGAAGCGGAAACCAUAUAGACCUGGUAUUGGUGGAUUUAUGGUACGUCAGAGAAGCCGUACAGGGCAGGGGAAGACUAAGAGAUCUCUCUCCAGGAAAGAUUCUUCUGGAUCUGUUUCUGAGCAGUUGCCUGGCAGAGAUGAAGGUUGGACAGAACAGCUGCCAGACACGCCAGUUGAGGAGUCUACCCCAGCUUCUGAAAGUACUGAGAAAAUAAAAAAGCGUUACAGAAAAAAGAAAAAUAAGCUUGAAGAAACCUUUCCCGCCUACUUACAGGAAGCUUUCUUUGGGAAAGACCUACUGGAUACCAGUAGGCAAACCAAGAUGAGCCUAGAUAAUUUACCUGAAGAAUCACUUCCACUCUCAUGUAAAACAAAUCUGACCAGCAGUUUCCUGGAUCCUUCAUCUGACCCCCUUCUUAGCUCAACCUCCAUGCCAGCUCAGGCCAAACUGGGACCUCAAGGUAGCACCGACGAUCCUUUAGCUGAUCUUUCCGAGGUCUUAAAUACGGAUGAUGAUAUUCUUGGAAUACUUUCUGAUGAUUUGGUAAAGUCUGGAGAUCAUUCGGCUGGAUUAGAUAUUGGUCCCAUCUCUGAUGAUCCUUCUUCUCUGCCUCAGCCGAAUGUCAACCAGAGUUCACGGCCAUUGAGUGAAGAACAGUUGGAUGGAAUCCUGAGUCCAGAACUAGACAAAAUGGUCACAGAUGGUGCUAUUCUUGGCAAAUUGUACAAAAUCCCAGAGCUAGGAGGAAAGGAUGUUGAAGAUUUGUUCACAGCUGUAUUAAGUCCAGCAACCACGCAGCCGGCUCCUUUGCCCCAGCCUCCACCUCCACCACAACUUAUGUCUUUGCACGGUCAAGGAGAGAGUGCAUUUCCAAGAGUGCCCAUUAUGAACGGGCUGAUCGGCCCUAACCCCCAUCUCCCUCACACAGCUCUGACUGCUGGAGGCGGGCUGGGCACUUUCUCUCCCAUUACACAGCAACCAUAUACAGAUACCAGGGAUAAGAAUCCAGCGUUCAAUCCAAUGGUAAGUGAUCCAAACAGCUCCUGGGCACCAUCUGCUCCACCUUUGGAAGGUGAAGGCGAUACAAUGUCCAAUGCCCAAAGAAGCACUCUUAAGUGGGAAAAAGAAGAAGCUUUGGGUGAAAUGGCAACAGUAGCACCUGUUCUCUAUACAAAUAUCAACUUCCCUAACCUAAAGGAAGAAUUUCCAG